ACACACACACACACACAGACACACAGAGUGCAGUAAGAGUUCAAGCGCCAGUGUGCGUUUACUACAAUUAAGGAGAGUAGAAGUGUUCUUUUGGGGGAAGUGUUCUGUUUAUUCAUCCACUUUACUUCUGGUCGGGACGCGGUCGCAGCGAGUGUCCUACUGUUUCUGUUUGCGUCAGCUAAUUAAGGAGAGUGAAAGUGAGACAGAGCUGGAUGCACAGGGUUUUGCAGAGAAAGGGCAGAGUGAAUACAGGAACAGGACCAACUCCACACACCAUGGAGAGAGACGACUCUUUUAAUCUGAAUGACGUCGGGGCUCCACGCUGCGCGUCUGGCAGUAAUCAUGGCAGAAAAGGGAAGAGGACUACGGCGCUACUGUCCCAUGCAGGGGUCCCAUUAGUGGGAUUGAUGUUGUUGGCCACCCUCCCUUUUGUAGCAAGCAUCCAACAAAGUGUCCCCCGGGUCAAACUCAGCCACAGAGAACUUCUGCAGGCUGGCAGCGUGUCUCUCUUUCUGGGCCCCUCCGAUGGUCUCCACUCCCACUCGCUGCUGUUGGAUGAGGAGAGAGGCCGUCUUCUUUUCGGGGCUCGGGAUCACAUCUACCUGCUUGACCCUGACAAUCUGGCCCACGCUCCCAGAAAGAUUCACUGGCCUGCUCCCCGGGACCGAGUGGAAAUGUGCAGACUAGCAGGAAAAAAUGCGAAUUUGGAGUGUGCCAACUUUGUCAGGGUCCUCCACAACUACAAUCGAACACACGUCUACGCCUGUGGGACGGGAGCGUUCCAUCCCAGCUGCGCUUUCGUCGAAAUCGCCGGACGCAGAGAGGAUGGUGUGUUCCAGCUUCUUUCUUCUACAGUGGAGUCUGGCAGAUUGAAAUGUCCUUUUGAUCCCCUGCAGUCAUUCACUUCAAUCCUCACAG